AUGAUUCUUAUAUGGGACAUUAGAGGGAUUAAUAGCCCUCUCAAACAAUCUGAGAUGAUUGCUCUGAUUAGUAAGUUUAAUUUGAAAUUAGUAGGUAUUGUGGAAUCCAGGGUUAAUGAUAGUCAGUUUAAUAAAGUGUGGGAUAAUAUUAGUAAGAAGUUAAUGAAUUGGGGUAUCAUUAAUAAUUACUCUUGUUCCAGUAUGGGCAGGAUUUUUAUUCUCUAUGAUAAAGAGAAUAUUAGGAUGAAUGAGAUUAUAAUACAUAAACAAGUUAUUCAUGUUAAGAUGAUGGUGGAUAAUAAGGAGAUGAUGUGUUCUGUUAUAUAUGGUUCUUAUAUUGUUUCAGAUAGAACUGAGUUGUGGGAGAAUCUGAAGUUGUUAGGGGAGAAUAUGGAUAGAAGUUGGAUUGUAGCUGGUGAUUUCAAUGCUGUAAUGUAUGACCAUAAUAGGUUGGGCGGUAAUGAGAUUGACUAUCAAGCUGCUGAGGAGUUUAAGGAGGGAAUUAGGAAUGCUAAUCUUUUAGAGUUGAAAAGAAUUGGUAAUGAGUUUACUUGGUGCAAUAACCAGACAGGUGAAGAAAGGAUUUGGAGGAAGUUAGAUUGGGACUUUGUUAAUGAUAGAUGGAUGGAUGAAUGGCCAGAUUCUUAUCUUAAUGUUCUUAGUCCAGGGGUGUCUGAUCACAGUCCCUUAUUGAUAAAAAUGAAGGCUAAUACCCAUAUAAGGAAGACCCCUUUCAGAUUUUUUAACAUCUGGAGUGAUGAUCCUGCUUUUAUCAGCUUAGUUGAUGUCGGUUGGAGUAGGAGGAGCAAUGGUAGUAAUAUGUUUCAAAUUGCUCAGAAGCUGAAAUGGCUUAAGGCUGACCUUAGAGCCCUGAACAAAAAGAAGUAUAGUGAUAUAUCCAAGAGAUUUAUUUCUGUAAAAGAGAUUAUUAGUAAGUUACAAGUUGAUAUGCUCUUGGAUCCUUUUAACUCCAUUCUGCAUGAUGAGGAAAAAGCUUGUUCUAAAGUUUUACUGAAGUUUAUGGCCUGGGAGGAAAGCAUUAUGAGACAGAAGUCUAGAAUGAACUGGAUUAGAUUGGGGGAUCAAACAACAAGUUCUUUCAUAGGAGUGUUAAACAGAGACAAUCCAAGCUUAAGAUUAUCAAUCUGA